AUGGAAGUAAAAACAUCCACUGGGCCUGCCAUGGUAUCCAGAUUACCUAAAUUUGGUGGACGUCCAUCAGGAAGUGGUACAAGCACUCUCUGCAAUGGUUCCACACCUCCAAAUGCACCUAUUCAGGAUGGAAAGACCCCAACUGCAGGACCACGUGCAAUUUGUGUGAUCAGCUCCUCCCCCUUUUCCUUGAAAUGGAAGAGGAAUGAAGGAAUGAACUCUUCUAACCCUGUCACAGGAACAAAUCCUGGAAAAAGCAGUGAAGAAAGUAUUCAAUGUCAGUUCCCUUUAUUGGAUAAGGAGGUAAAGAAUAGCUCUCCAGUAACGCCCAAGUUGCGCAAGUCAGGUUCUUUAAUGAUGGCUGUCUCCAGCCCCAAAUCUAUUCCUAAGAAACCGUUAAAGAUGAGUCCCAAAGGAGGAAUCAAAAUAGGUCAAAGUUCACUAAAUGGGGUUUCUAAAAUUCCCAAUAAUGACUCCAGCAUUCCUGCUCGAAUAGGGUCAGACUUGCGCCCAGUCCGACCAAUGUUAGGCACUAGCUCUGUCAGAAGUUCCUCCCAAGAUGGUAUGCCUCAGUCUAAUGAGAAAAUCUUGACAGUGGACAAUAUAGUGCGUUCAAACAGCUUCACUCAUUUCAAGCAGAUUCCCUCACCCACUAAUGAGUCCAUGACACGGUCCUUCUCCUUUAAUCGAGCUGUGGAGCUAGCUAAGCCUCUGGCCAAUACUCAGCUCCGACCUCCUCGCAGUAGUUUUCUUAAACCUCCCCAGGUAAGCAAUGGAAGAGUGGGUUUAGGAAUAAAUGGCUGCCUUGGAGGUUCAGGUUGUCAAGGUGGAGGAAUUGGAGGUCUUCCAUUUAGCAGAGGUUCGUCCUGCUCUCUCCCCAACUCUGCAAUCUCUCCAGCACCAAAUACGCCUCAAGCUUUGAAGAAGCCAUUGCUCUCCAAUCCAGUAUUAACUAAACCGUUGGCUAGCAACAUGGGAUCUUUGGGUUCCAGACUGACUCAAAUCAGACAGACCAAACAUCAAAUGUCUAUUGUUCCAGAUAGGGUCAAAGAAAGUAUCAGGUUUUUAGGCUCCUCUGAAUGUGAAGGGCUUUUUGGGGUGGUAAAAAACAGUGAGCCAAAUGAAAAUGUUGGAAAAUUAGACUCUCCCACUGAAAGUGAUUUAAGUUCUGGAAUUGAAAUUGCCAGUGGAAGAGAAGAUUGUGUGCUCAGGCAGAGCUCUAGUCAGGGGACAGAAGAGACUUUGGAAGACAUGUCCUUAUCUUCUGCCUCAUCAAUAGACCGAGGUGACACCACUGAAGAAUUUUUUGAUGACUUUGACUCUGUGGAAGAUGUGUGCAGUGAUGGGGACUUGCCCAAUAACCAGAAAACUGACAGUACUACUAAACGCAUAGAAUACAGCUUGUACAAUGAGACUGGUGACUGGGAGUCUAAACAAAUGACAGAACAUAAAGAAGAAAUCCCUAUGCAGGACUCCAAAGGAUCAUUGGAGUUGUCUCCACUGCAGGGUGAUGCCCCCCAGCCCUCUUCUAUUGAAAUAUCUCCUUCCAACAGCUCUGGUGAGACUUACAUGUGGGAUGAAGAGGGUCUUGAGCCCCUUGGGAGGCAUGAGACUCCAUUAGACAGCUUUGAUGACUCAGAGCUCAACAGCAUGGUGAGUGCAUUAAACCUAAUUUGA